AUGAAGUCUCGGUGGAUUGGACCAGCUCAGCCACUGAGGGCUGUACCGACCCCACCUCGGUACUCGCCAUUGAUGUCAGUGCCCCAGCAAGAACACACUGUAUCCCGGUGUCAGUACCAGCGGUGGUUGGCAGCUCCAUUCCCCCGGAAAGAGUGGUGGAGCGAGGCGUGCCCGCCUCAGUACUACCACACGGAGGAACUAACUUCUGCUCCAACGAUUGUGAAUCCCACAGAUGACAAACUCCCUCAAGGCAAAAUCCUGAGUCCCGUUCACAACCAAGGCAAGAGUGACAACACAUGUGUGGGGUUGCAAACUGGCAUCGCUAAGUGGCAAGAUGAACAUGUCUUAUGUGCCGCAAAGACAUCACUGGGAGGUCCACAGAAGCCUGGUAAUUCGGAUGGUCCAAAGCAUGACAUACAAACUGUGGUUGGUUGUGCUGAUUCAACUGCAACUGAAAACAAAACAGAGAGAGUGUCAGACUUGCUAACUUGGUCUCUAACUAUUUCUAAAGCCUUCAGAAGUACAGAAGAGGUGACAAAGAAAACAAAACAUGUGAGUGUUUUAAAAGGUGCAGUUUCUCAAAAAUCUAGUACUUCAGAAUGUCUAAAAUCUGUUGAAAAAUCAAAUACUUCUGAUGAAUCAAAUGGAGCAAAAGGGAAAGCAGAAGUGAUGUCAUCAUUUCUCCAAAGUAAACUUGAUGAGAUUUGUGGAAUGAUGAAAAAGAACAACUAUAUGCCUCCCAAGAAGAUGGAUGACUUUCAAAAUGAUAUUGACAGAGUUGUUUCAGCAUUAGCAAUGUUGGUACUGGUCAAGGAAUCUAAAACAACUUUGCAAAAACAUCACAUGAGAUGUCUUGCUGCAUCAUUGUUUCUCACUUGUGACACAAUACAGGAAUGUAAACACAUGAAGAAAGCAAUUGAGGAAAAUUUCUUUGAUACAGAUAUAUUUCCGAAGGCAUCCAGCUUGCUUGGUCCAUAUUUCAAUAUCUACCCAAAGUUAUCAAGAGCAUUGAUAUAUCCAAUAAAUCCAUAUUCUGAUUUCACAGUUCAGUUCUUCAAAUCAAACCACAAAUUACCGGUGUACAUUUGUUAUGCCAGAUUAUUGAAGGAUAUAUCGGAUUCGAAGUAUCAUCUUAGUCAGAAAUGUUGUAGUAUUUUAGAACUUUUUGACGAAAUGAACAUGAAAUCUGUCUCAGAAGAAACACAAAGUGAAAAUGAGCACACAUUACUGAUGAAUGAAAUGCGAACUCAUGCCUACAAGGUUGCGAAAGAAUUAGUCAUUGCAGUAGCUAAGGAAAAGAAACUUGAAAUGGAGAAAAUAUUGAUUGUUGCUAAGUUUUUUGUCAGCGAAGUUAAUAUGACAAAAUUGUUGUUAGAACGCAGUGGAUCGAAUGGUGAAAAACUCACCACUGAUGAGCUCAUGGAAGAUAUCAAGAAAGUUUCCUCAUUGUUGGGGAUAUCAAUGUCCUGUGAUUUACCUAAUGAAAGAAUUGGUUUGAAAAGGGAACUUAUGAAAUGGUCUGAACUGGCUAAAGUGGCUUUCAUCGAAAACAAACUACAAGAAACAUGGAUUGAAAGCACAUUAUCCGUCUUGAAAAAAUGUAUAGAAAAGGCUAACACAGACACCACAAUCAAUAUAUACCAAUGGGCAAACGAUGAUAAGAUUUCUAAACAUAUCCAAGAACUGGUAACACAAAUAAUAUACACAAUCCUUGAAGAUUAUAAACCUAGUUCUGAAAGGAAGCCAAUACUGCAAUUGAAAUCAGACAAUCUUGAAAGAUAUACACAGCUUAUCUCGCAAUUUAUAAUUCGUCUGUGGUCGAAACUUAGGGGAAAAAAAGAUGAUGAUAAGUUUAAACUCCUGCUACAAGAAAAAGCUUGGCCCAGGUGUAUAGAGCUCAGCCUUGACGUCAAUGUUUCUCCAGAAGCAGCAACAUGUUUGAAGGAUGCAAAAACAUUAAUACAACAUGGAAUAGAGGACCUAUAUAAGUGUGAUGUAGAGAUGGGAAGUAUUACGUGUAUGCUGAAAAAUGAAACCGAGUUUAUAAUGUUUUGUGAAAGUAUUCACAAAGAUGAACAGUAUACCAAAUCAGCUGAAAUACCUAACAUAGAAGACAUACACAAAUGCAUCACAGCGAAGAAAACAGAGUAUGAAAUGCUGCAAAACUUCAAACAUUCACUGAAAUUGUGCAGUGAAAUGCUGUCAAAAUUGAAUAAAGAAGUCGUAAUUCCUGCUGAAGUAAAUGCUAGAAACACUGACUACAAACGUGUACAGUCAUAUAUUCAACGUUUAAGUAAUGAUAUAUUCAAUGGCACAAUAUCAAUAUCACAGCUGCAAAUACUUGUACACCAUAAAGAUGCUUUUGCAAAGUUGUGGAAAACAGCAGAUAAGUAUCAGGGAACAGAUGAAUGCAAAAUAACUGUAGAGGAUAUGACCAAAUGCAUCACAACUAGAGAGAAGGAAGUCAAAGCUCUAUUACACUUCAAAUCUAAAGUGCAACUUGUGAUUGGACUAUUUCAAAAAUCAAAUCAUGAUUUCACAGUACUGCACCGUAUAUUAGAAACCCUGGAAGAUCCUCAGUCACACAUCUGUGACAUGUUUGACGUGAAGGUGUUUGACAAACUGUCUGAGUCCCCAUUCAUAACUAAUAGUCAUACACUAGAUGAAAACAACAGUUUUCCACAAUUACCAAAGUCAGUAAUUAUCAUGAUAAAUGAGAUCCCUUGUAGUAAAUUAGUUGUCCAAAUGUUUGAUGAUACCAAUAAAUAUGUGCAGACUGCUCCACCAAGUCUCAACAUGCCAACUACUUCAAUCCAGUCACCUGAAUCAAUUCAGUCCAUAACAGAAAAUGUUAUCCCAACAGCAACUAUUUCAUCUGAACUCGUUCAGGAAAUGUCAACAGAAAAUGUGGAGGAUCAGGUCACAACGACUAGCUUUGAUGUAGAAGCUGUUGAUAGAUUAGCAACUGAAGUAUGGCCAUAUGUAAAGUCUAGAUUAAAGAAACUAAAAGAUGAGAUAUCCUCUCAUAAUAUCUUACUUUCUGAUGUACAUUACUACUUCAGAGCAUACCAGCAUAAUAUAAAUUCACUUCAUGACCAGUUAGUUCCCAUUGUAGGAAAACAGGGGGAGAAAGAGGAAAUUGCAAAAUUUUGUGCAACUGUACACGAUUAUUUUUCCCUGGAAGAGGUGAAAAAAGCAGCAGCUGUCGUAAAAAAAUGCAAGGAUGCUCUUGAAGUUAAUGGUGAUUUUACUUCAAUCACCAUAAUUGAUGAACAGGAUACUAAAAGAGAAGGCAAGUAUUUGAAGUCAAUAAACGACAGCGUGGUUGAUACAAGAAAUGUUCUACGUACUUUCACAGAUGAAAGAUUAGAGUGUUUACAAACAUUUACUAUGUGUAAAGAAAUCAUCAGUUGGAGUAUUGAAGGCUUGAGAGAAGCUCAGCCAAGAACAUUUACAUGUAUUGAAGAGACUAAAGGAUGUCCAUGGUCCAUCUGAAGUGAAGUGUGUGGAACAGAUGAACGCUGUUAAUU